AUGAACGUACGUUUUUGUAUCCUCUUUCUCAUAUUACACUGCACUAAUGGGAGACGUACCGCCUUGAGGGUAGUGCCUGAAGGCACAACUGCCUUUGUGAGGACAGCCCCCAAGAAAAACACCUUAACGAGGGACGCUCGAGUUUAUAACAAUUUAGAGAAAGUCAACACGCAUAUAAAAGACCUAGACAUUUUAAACAAGUGGAAGGAAAACUACCACCUUCGAAUAAUUCUGAACUCAUACUUUUCGGACCACCUGCAGAAGGCUGUUUUAAACGUGAAGGAGAAAAUUAGCCAGUACCCACAAUUCAUCAUUGCUGGCCCGAUUCCUCAAAAGACGAUAAAGAAGAGAUUCACCUUCCUGAGGUCGCCCCACGUGGACAAGGACAGCAGGGAGCAAUUCGAGAUAAAGCAGUACGGAUGUAAGCUAGACAUUUUCCUCAACCCCUCUGUCACCUUGAAGAGCAACGAAUUCACGAACUUCCUGUCCGUGAAGCUGCCCCGGUUUGUGGGCUUUGAAUACUACUUUGAAGAAAAUUACAAAGGACUCAAAAAGGAGGAAGUGCAAAAUUUAAAAAAAAAAAAAUACGUCAGCAAAUACUAUACAAAUUUGUUAAACGCCAAGGAGAAAAAAAAGAUUGUGGAGUUGUUGUUGGAGAAUUCAAAGUACAUGAAUGUGAGAUUACCCAGAAACAUGUAUGACUUGUACAAAUUCCCCUUACACAUAUUGCAGCACUAUUACAAAAAAACCAUGGAGAAGAAGAAGUGGUAUCACGAGAAUGAGGACUUGAUGAAGAAGAUCGAGUCCCUUUCAUUCGAAUAG